GGCUGCCCAGAGAAUGAACUUGCAGAUCUUCUUGCCAAGCAUUCUUGCGCUGGAGAAGACUUCCCUCCUCAUCAGCACCAAGCAGCUAUCUCUCCUGCCUUUUGGCCACAUCAAGUUGACCCUGCAGAUUUCUCUUCGCAUGAUCACCAUCAACGUCCAGUACCUACGAGAGCAGCUCCAUCACCUAGGUGUCCAGGUUGCCGCUUUGCAAGAAGCCAGAGCGCCCGAAGAUGCCACCUUUGUCUCGCAAACGCAUGUCCGCUUCUGCACGGCCAAAGAUUCGGGUGGCACUUGGAUCGACACCUCUGUCGACUGGUGCCAGGCUCGUGCUGACCACUAUGGUCUCAUGGUGCAGGUCUACUUCCAGACCCAGGCCUCCCCGCAGAAGCUGAAGCACUAUGGAUCCAACACUUUGCGGGGAUUGAAGACGGGGUUUGCAUGGACCCAGCUCUCCUCGCGCAUGAAAUACAAGCUGUCCAACAGGGACGGGACCUGGAUGGAUACUGUCUAUCCGCGACAGAUGGUCGCAGAGCCGCUCCAGUUCAAGGGAGGGAGUCUCUUUGCGAUCUGGAAGGGGAAGUCAAGCACCUCUAAGUGCUCAGCUUUCCGUGGCAUCCUGGUCAGUUCGACGACUGGAAAGGCAUUCCACCGGGCAGUGAGAGCCCGAUCAGUUGGGGCCCUUGGUGAAUUCGGACACGACAUGCAGAUAGGAGGAUUGCCGAAGUUCCCCGUCGUUAUAGCGUCACACUUCGUGCGGCUUUUUCAGGAAGGCAACCAGAGGCGACACCGCAGCUACGGCCUACUGUUUUUGGACCUCCGUGAGGCCUUCUACAGGGUAGUGAGGCCACUACUGGUUGGCUCCCAAUGCGGGGAU